AUGGACAGUGGUGAUUGGCAAAGAGAUGUUGCCUUUGGCCCUCACUGUGCGAUGUUCUCAGUAAGAGAUAGAACUGGUUCUUAUUUAGUGAAAAGUGUUUUCUUGAAGAAGAUGGAAUUUUCCAUGGUAGUGAUGGAAAUGUUGUCAAUGUUACUGCCAGGAGCUACAUGCCUUAUUAAAACAUGUUCUGUGGGGAAACUUCCCUUUAUUAAGCACAAGUAUUUUCUGCCAGGAGAUUUCAUAAUGGCUGGGAUACUCUCUCAGUUCUACAUGAUAUCGGAUCCAGUUGGUUUCACAAGGCACCCAUCUGAAGAACUGGUUGAUGAGCUCAUUUAUUACAUGGCGGGAUUGACUUACUUGGCUUCCAUGGAGCUUCUCUCAACACGUGGCAGAUUCAUCCCCAACUAUAAGUGUGAUGCCAAGGACUGGGCAGUAUCUGUUAUUGCAGGACCUAACUCUAACAUCUGUCCCUUAGUGGCAAACAUCUUGAAUGUCUACAAGGUGCCCCAGCUUCUAUAUGGAUCUGCUCCAAUGAAAGAUAAUAGCGAAGACACAGUUUUCUUUCAUCGUUUUUUCCCAAAUGAGGAGCUUCAGACGAAGGGGAUUCUUCAGCUGCUGUUGCAUUUAAAGUGGGUAUGGAUAGGGCUGAUUUCUCAACCUGAUGAGGGUGGACGGAGUUUUGUACGGAAUGCCCUUACACUGUUUUUCCAGAAAGGUAUUUGCUUUGCCUUCAUGCAAGAGUUGCCCAAAGAAACUGUUUCUAAUGACAUUGAAUAUAUGCUUAAAGAUUAUGUCGCCAUGUACAAGGUUGUCAUGAACAGCACUGCCAAUGUUGUGAUCCUGUAUGGUGAAAACCACGUCAUUGGCAUUUUCAGAACACUUCCCCAUCUUUCAGAAUAUGAGGAUAUACCAGUAAAGAGAAAAGACAAAGUCUGGAUCAUGCCAGCCCAGAUGGAGUUCACAUCAGUCCCUUUUCAAAAAAUAUUCCCUUUGGAUUUUAUUCAUGGUGCCAUAUCUUUUGCAGUUUCUUCCAAGGAGGUGACUGGGUUCAAACCAUUCUUGCAGAUGAGAAGCCCUACUUCAGAAGAAGAAGAUCAUUUAACAAAAUUGUUCUGGGAGCAGGCAUUUGAAUGUUUUUUCCUUAAAGAUAAGUUAGAUGAGGAUGCUGGAGUGCUGUGCACUGGAGAAGAGAAGUUGGAGACUCUUCCUAAUUCUGUCUUUGAGACCACCAUGACUGGGCAGAGUUACAGCAUUUAUAAUGCAGUCUAUGCUGUGGCACAUGCCUUGAAAGCCAUGUUUUCAUCCAAAUACAAACUCAGAGCAAGGGCAGACCACGGAAGGCUGAUGAUUAUCAAGGAGGAAACGUGGCAGCUCCAUCCCUACCUGAGAACAGUCUUAUUUAACAACAGUGUUGGGGAAACAGUUUUCUUUAAUGAAAAGGGGGAAUUGGGAACUGGAUUUGAGAUCAUCAACUGGAUCACAUUCCCAAACAAAACAUUUCUUAAAGUCAAAGUUGGAAAGGUAGACCCAUUGACUUCUCCAGAAGAGUCUUUCAUGAUUUCUGAAGAAAACAUCAUCUGGCCGACCAUGUUCAACCAGGCAUUACCACUUUCUGUAUGCAAUGAAAAUUGUUAUCCAGGCUACCUGAAGAAAAAAAUAGAUGAAAAGCCCUUUUGCUGCUAUGAUUGUCUUCCUUGUGCAAAGGGGAAAAUUUCAAACAGAUCAGAUGCAGUUGACUGUUUCCAAUGUCCAGAAGAUCAAUAUCCAAAUGAAGCCCACAAUCUUUGCAUCGAAAAACAUAUAACUUUCUUGUCUUAUGAAGAACCUUUGGGAAUCACUUUGGCCACUGUAACUGUCUUCUUUUUUGUAACUUCAGCCUUGGUGCUGAGGAUCUUCAUUAAAGAGUGGGAAACCCCCAUAGUCAAAGCCAACAACAAGAAUCUCACCUAUACUCUUCUCAUUGCUCUCCAGCUCUCUUUCCUCUGCAGUUUUCUUUUCAUUGGACAACCUGAUCAAGUCAAAUGUCUCAUGCGACAAACUGCAUUUGGCAUCAUCUUCUCUGUAGCCAUUUCUUGCAUUUUGGGUAAAACAACCAUAGUGGUUCUUGCUUUCAUGGCCACCAAACCAGGAUCCCAAAUGAAGAAAUGGGUGGGGAAAAGGCUGGCCAACUCCAUUGUCCUUUCUUGCUCUCUGAUACAAGUCACAAUUUGUGUUGCAUGGCUGGCAAUUUCUCCCCCAUUUCCAGAUUCAGACAUGCACUCCAUGGCUGAAGAAAUUGUACUAGAAUGUAACGAAGGAUCAGCCAUCAUGUUUUAUACUGUUCUGGGCUUUAUGGGGUUCUUAACUGCUAUCAGUUUCACAGUAGCCUUCCUAGCUAGGAAGUUACCUGAUAGCUUCAAUGAAGCCAAAUUCAUUACCUUCAGCAUGCUGGUGUUUUGCAGCGUUUGGGUAACAUUUGUUCCUACCUAUCUGAGCACCAAGGGAAAGUACAUGGUGGUGGUGGAGAUCUUCUCCAUUCUGGCUUCAGCAAUGGGGUUGCUUGGCUGUAUCUUUUUCCCAAAAUGCUAUAUUAUUCUUCUGAGACCUGAUUUAAACAGAAAGGACAAACUUAUUAAAAAACACUGAAUUAUGUUUCUGAACCUUAUAGUGUAAA